AAAGGUUCAGUUCGGCCCAUAGUUAACUUGGGCCUUCGGUCUUAGGUGGGGCACAUGUUGGUACUGUAUAAACCGACUGCGCAUUCCUUCCCGCCAUUUCUUUCUCGUCUCAUUUCAUCCCGCUCCGAGCUUGCUUCUCGAAAUGGCGCGGGAAAAUCAGGCGGAGAAAGCCCUAUGUCUGCUCCGGAGCCGGCUCUGCGACCCAAAUUUCGCCUUCAAAGCUCUCUCUCACUCCGACGACUCAAACUACAGCAAGUUGAAAUUUUUAGUUUCGAGUUCGAUCACUGAGGCCUGCAACAACUCCAUUUUGCUUCUGGGUCCCCGUGGUUCCGGAAAAAUUGCCGUAUUGGAGCUUGUGCUCAGCGAUUUAUUACAAGAAUUUCCUGAUAUGAUUUCAGUGAUUAGGUUGAGUGGCCUUUUACAUAGCAGUGACAACUGCGCAUUCAAGGAAAUCGCUAGGCAGCUAUGCGUGGAGCAUCAGUUGGUGUUCUCGAGAAUGGCAUCGUUUGAUGAUAACUCUCAGUUUAUGAUAGCCAUGUUAAGGGAGUGUGGAUUAGCGCAUAAAACAAUUAUUUUUGUGUUGGAUGAGUUUGACUUGUUUGCUCUGGGAAAACAGAGAUUGCUUUAUAGUUUACUUGAUGCAAUGCAGUCAGUUACAUCUCAAGCUGUUGUCAUUGGUGUGAGUUCGCGACUGGAUGCUGAUAUGCUUUUGGACAAACGAGUAAGAUCUCGUUUUUCACAUAGAAAGCUUUUGUUUCUUCCUCCUGCUUAUGAAGACAUACAACGAUUGUUGGAGCACAUUUUACUAUUGCCAACAGACUCAAGCUUUCCACCAGACUAUGCUAUUGCAUUCAAUGCAAAACUUCAAACUAUAUUGGCUGAUGAGAGAUUCAAAGAGAUCAUUAAUACAUAUCUGAAUCUUGAUUCAACCGUCAAACAUUUGUUAAGAUAUCUAUUCCGCGCUGUUUCUGAUAUGGAUUUAGAAUCUGGAAUGCUGUCACUAGAAAACUUCAAAACCGCACUUUCAAAUAUCCAAAGGCAUCCAAAGUUGGAAUGCAUAAAAGAUUGCUCUGUAUUGGAACUUUACAUUCUGGUAUGCAUGAAGAGGUUGGAAGUUAAAGAGCAGAACUCAUACAAUUUCAACGCUGUAAUGAAAGAGUACAAAAGCAUACACGAUUCGGUCAAGACAGCUGACUAUUUUGCAAGAAAUGUUUGCUUGCGGGCAUUCGAACACCUUCUACAACGUGAACUAAUUGGGUUUGCAGACAACAGAGGACAGAAUCAAUCCAUUGAAUUCAGUCCUGUAAAACUUUUAAUUUCAUCCCAUGAACUACAUCAGGGGAUGAAAUCAUACGGAUCCUGUCCUGCAAUUCUUCAACAAUUAAUGGAUCGUCAGAAGUAGAGUUGCUGAAGGGAGCUGCUUCAUGUGCUUCAUGUGUAUCAUAAUCACAAGACGUGGUGUAAUCUCUAGCAUUUGUUUCAUUUGAUCUUGCUUGUGUAUCAAUAUAAAUAAUUUAUUUAUGUAAAAGCAUUAUUGCUUUCUGUCA